AUGGCUCUUAUGAAACUUCGUCUAGGCUCCACAAAUGCUGAUUUGGCACAAAGAUUUGGAGCAUCGCCUACAACUAUCUCGCAUGCCUUCACAACCUGGGUGAAAGUUUUAGCAAGGGAACUCGCAUGCUUAGUCUACAACCCCUCCAUUGCAGUCUUUAAGAAAACUUUACCAGAAAAAUUCCAAAAGCCUGGAUACUACAAUCUACGCCAUAUAAAUGAUUGCACCGAAAUCUUUAUUGAAACACCCAGUGACCCUACUAUAAAAGCAGCUACAUGGUCGGACUACAAGCACCACAGUACUACCAAGCUUCUAGUAUCUAUUACACCUACUGGUCAUUUCAAUUUCUUAGCUUGGGGAGGAAGGACAUCUGAUGUCCAUUUAACCAGGGAAUCGUUUUAUGAUAUUCUUGAACGACGUGAUGAGGUAAUGGCAGACAGGGGUUUUACUAUAACUGAAGACCUACUGAUUAGAAACUGUAGACUGCAUAUACCUCCAGGCAAGCGUGGACAAGAACAAUUCACUAAAGCAGAAGUUGCAAAGACAAAAGAAAUUGCAAAUCUGCGAAUAUAUGUUGAGCAAGCAAUCAGGCGACUGAGAACAUUUAGAUUGAUAGAGCAUGAACUGCCAAUAUCAUUACUUGGUAACAUAGAUGACAUUGUACUUAUUUGUGCAGCAUUAUGA